GGAGAAAAACUAUUUUGACAAAUUCAAUCAUAGGAAAUUGGAAACCAAACCUAACCAAGCCCAUUGAUUAUUUGUUUUGGUUUUUUGUUUGUUUGAUAAUUGUAUUCUUGUGAUUAGCUUGUUUGUUCCAAUUGCUGCCGACUUUCGGUCCGAUCCCUCAGGACACCUAACCAUGGUUCGUCACUUGAAUGUUUCUCAGCAAAAAUUAGCUGAAAAGCUUACCAUUCUUAAUGACCGGGGAAUAGGAAUGUUGACUAGACUUUAUAAUAUCAAAAAGCAAUCUAGUGAUCCCAAGCUUCGCCCUCCCAUACUUUCUGACAAGGGCUUGGAAUCAGCAAUGAAACAAAUUGUCCGAAGGUUUCCUCACACUGAUACAAGGAGCAAUAAUAGUUUGAUUGGAGCUGUAGCUACUGCUCGUACUGAAAUAACUAAAGCUACAACUCAUUUUUAUUAUACCUUUGUGGAUAUUUUGGAAUUCAAAGAUCAUGUUAAUGAACUUUUAACAACAAUGGAUGCUUGUCAAUUGACACUUGAUAUUUCGAUAAAUUUUGAUCUGACUCGAGGAUAUCUUGACUUGAUGGCAACCUAUGUUUCGCUGAUGAUUUUGGUCUCUAGAGUCGAAGACAGAAAAGCUGUUAUUGGACUGUUCAACACGGCUCAUGAACUAACCCAUGGACACAGUGAAAAUAGCUUUCCCAGACUUGGUCAAAUGAUUGUUGAAUAUGAGAAUCCGGUCAAAAAGUUAUCUGAAGAUUUUGUGCCGCACUCAAAAUUACUUUUUAAUGCUUUAAUUUCCCUUCAAGAAAGCUUCCAUUUACGUAAUCUCCCCGCUGAAGAAUGGCGAAAAAGCCAAAUUUUGAGCAUUGUUGCCAACCCACGAGAUAUUCUAACUCCUGCACAAACUGAUCCAAUCAAUACAGAAUAUUUAUCAAUUGACUCUAUGGAACGUUUUAUCAUUUUCGGUUUCUUGCUGAUACAUCAACAUCUUAAUCAAACACCCGCACAUGAUCUUUUCUCUAAAGCUCUUCAAUGUGGCUGGGUCAUUACACUGUACAGAGAUGAAGUCAUUCACACACACGCAUUUGUUCAACAUUUUUUCGAAGGAAUCAAAGGCUACAAUAAAAGAGUUUCCGAUGUCAAAGAUGCAUAUAAUAAUGUGCUUCAAAAUGCAGGUCACAUCCAUCGAGAAAAACGAAAGUUUCUUCGAUCAGCUUUGAAAGAAUUAGGUCUCAUCUUAGGUGACCAACCUGGACUUUUAGGACCAAAAGCUUUACUUGUUUUCAUGGCUCUUUCUUUUGCUCGUGAUGAAGUACAUUGGUUACUCAGACAUUAUGACAAUAUUCCCGUCAGACAAGGACGACCCAAAGCACAAGCUGAAGAUCUUGUCGAUCGACAACUGCCUGAACUUUUGUUCCAUAUCGAAGAACUUAGAUCAUUAGUGAGAAAAUACAAUCAGGUUGUUCAACGUUACUAUAUCCAAUACUUGACCUGCUAUGAUGCCGUAGCUUUAAACACCAUUAUGCAAGGAGUCUCCAUGAUGCCAGAGGAGGAUUCCGUAAUAUUGGAAUCUAUCUACAGUCAAAUUUCCAAUCUUUCAGUGAAACAGAUUGAAAAUAAUGAAGUCUUUGAUUUUAGAGGAAUCCGACUUGACUGGUUCCGUUUACAAGCCUACAGUAGCGUCAGUCGCUAUCCUAUGAAUCUUUUUGAGCACAAAAAUUUAGCCACUUUGAUGAAUAUUGUUGUUUUCCACACAAAAAUGGUUGAUUAUCUAGAAGAUAUACUGACUGAAACUUCUGAUUUAUCAUUAUUCUGUUUUUACAGUAAAAUUUUCGAAGAUCAGUUCCACAUGUGUUUGGAAUUUCCUGCUCAAACAAGAUAUAUCAUCGCCUUUCCAAUGAUCUGUUCACAUUUCUUGAAUUCAUAUCAUGAUCUUGCCCCAGAAGAGCGAACUCGAAUCGGAGAAAGGAGCAUCUCCUUGGUGAAUCUAUUUCUUGAUGAAAUGUCCAAAGAGGCCAAAAAUAUAAUAACAACUAUUUGUGAUCACCAAUGCAUGCUUAAUGAUCAACUCUUACCAAAACAUGUGGCUCCUCAAAUAGUUUCUGUUGUCAAGCUAAAGAAAAGAGACAAAAAGAACAAAAUAGAAAGAGAAAUCGAUAAACCCGGUAUUGAAAGUUAUCGUCGCACCCGAGAAGAGUUAACUACAAUGGACAAACUUCACAUGGCUUUAACUGAACUCUGUUACGCUAUCAAUUACUGCCCAUCAAUACAUGUUUGGGAUCAUACUUUUGCUCCACGUGAAUAUCUUCAUGGUCAUUUAGAGUCUAGAUUCAAUAAGGCUCUUGUUGGAAUGGUCAUGUUUAAUCCAGAGACCAAUGAGAUAGCGAAACCAUCUGAGUUAUUGAGUAGUGUUCGAGCUUAUAUGAAUGUACUUCAGUCUAUGGAAAAUUAUGUUCAAAUUGAGAUGACCAACAUUUUCAACAACGUACUCCUUCUGCAAACUCAACCACAAGAUAGCCAUGGUGAUAAAACAAUUACUGCUCUCUAUUCAAAUUGGUAUCUUGAAGUUCUUCUCAGACGAGUCAGUGCUGGUCAAAUCUGUUACUCUCCAUUGCAAAAAGCUUUUGUUACUUUGCCAGUUGAAGGUCAGGUACCUUUUUGCGCUGAAGAGUAUUCCGAUGUCAAUGAAUUAAGAGCUUUAGCUGAACUUAUUGGACCUUAUGGAAUGAAAUAUUGCAAUGAAAAUCUGAUGUGGCAUAUUGCAAGCCAAGUAACUGAAUUAAAGAAAUUGGUUAUAUUAAAUAAAGAAACUUUACUCGCAUUAAGAUCUAAUUAUGACAAGCCUGAUCAAAUGCGAGAAUUAUUUAAAAAACUUCAAAGACCCAAGAUUGCUCAAAAUGUAGAUAGUGUUUUGCAAAGAAUGACCAUCAUCGGUGUUAUUCUUUGCUUCAGAGAACUGGCUCAAGAAGCGCUCAGUGAUGUUUUAUUCGAUCGAAUUCCGUUCCUGAUGAGUUCAAUUUUAGAUUUCAAGCAUCAUGUUCCAAGUGGUGAAUCGAUGAUUGAAAGUGCAAAACUUCAGAGUAUUAGUGAAAUGUGUUCCGCUGCUGGACUGCCAAACAAAGUGGACCCAGCCCUAGUUACUGCAUUAUUGUCUCAAAAAAGUGAGCUGGGUGAAGAUGAAUACCAAAUCGCAUGUCUUCUUAUGGUUUUCAUUGCCGUUUCUUUGCCUAAACUGGCUCGUGGAGAGCAGUCAUAUUACAAACCUUCAUUAGAAGCUCAUGGCAACAAUAUACACUGUUUAGCUCAAGCAAUUAAUGGUAUUGCUGGAGCUCUUUUCACAAUAUGUAACCACGGAGAUACCGUUGAUCGAUUUAAAGAAUUUUUAGCUCUCGCUUCAUCAAGCCUUCUUCGACUUGGCCAAGAACAAGACAAAGAAGCUAUUCGUAAUCGAGAAUCAGUUUACAUUUUGUUGGACUUAAUUGUCAAAGAAUCACCGUUUCUUACUAUGGAUCUUUUAGAAUCUUGUUUCCCCUAUGCAUUGUUUCGAAACGCAUACCAUGCUGUGUACAAAAACCAAGGAAUUCUCAACGCUUCCAAUUGAAUACGCUCUUCAUACAUUCCUUUCUUUUCUUCUCAUCUUAAGUAUUAUCAACUUAAUGGUGUUACAGCACAAUUUCUUGAAAUCACGAUCACUUAUCAUUAUUUGAUAAUCUUCCUUAUUACACAAUUUUCUAUUUUCUAACCAAUCUCGAAUUUUAUAUUAGUCUUCUUGUCCAUCUUUCAGUCCAUAUUGAUAGCAUCUUUUAGUCCUCCUUUUUUCAAACUUUAACUCUUUCUCUAUUUAGAAAAUAGUUGAUUUUGCAAACUUAUAAAAUAUUUAUAAAUUAUUAUUAUACGUUAUUAUAUCAACAAUAAUCUAUAACAACCUUGUAAAUGUAUUAAACCGAUAA